CCAUUUUGUACUGCUGCGCCGGGUAUUUAUCGCAGGAGUCGUGACUGUUUCGUUUACACUGUUAGGUUAGGCGACAAGAACGUUUCUUCUUAGUAUAGUCGCUUCAGCAUUUCAAUUCCGUGGCCUUCGACAGGUUUCGUGAAGUGCGCUUUUUGACUCACCAGAUAUAAUUAAUUUUGUAUAUUUAGUUUAUUUUUUUUUUUACCGUAAAACGUGAGAAAGAAUGUCGACUAACGAAGGCCCCGAGUACUCCCCGUUCUUCUCAGCGAUGGGUGCCUCUGCGGCGAUGGUGUUCAGCGCCUUGGGAGCAGCCUAUGGCACAGCCAAGAGCGGUACAGGUAUUGCUGCCAUGUCUGUGAUGAGGCCAGAGCUCAUCAUGAAGUCAAUCAUCCCCGUGGUCAUGGCGGGUAUCAUAGCCAUUUACGGCCUGGUAGUAGCAGUGCUGAUUGCCAACAACACCGCAGAGAAGCAGUCACUUUACAAGAGUUUCCUCCAACUUGGAGCUGGGCUGAGCGUGGGCCUCAGCGGGCUGGCAGCAGGUUUUGCGAUCGGCAUUGUUGGCGACGCGGGCGUGAGGGGCACAGCUCAGCAGCCAAGGCUUUUCGUGGGCAUGAUCCUCAUUUUGAUUUUUGCUGAGGUCUUGGGUCUCUAUGGGCUUAUUGUUGCUCUCAUCCUCUCCACAAAAGGGUAAAAUGAGAGAAGGAUGGGUUUGGGCAGGGGAUUUUGGCACGCAAGAUGAAAGAAGUGAUGCAGGAGGGGUAAAAAUAAAUUAAAAUGGCUCCAUAAAUAUGGUCUUAUCUCAACAAUGUGUACAGUCGUCCCAAUUUGAUAGUCAACUUGUAAAUGCGCAAUGUAGUGAUUUGUCUGUCUCGUGUGUGGGUGUGUGCGUGUGUUUAAAAACAACUGUAUGAUGAAGAUUCCUUUUCUCCCUCCACUUAUUUCAGGCUUUGAGGCCAGCCUGGGCAGCUUGGCCUCUGGUCUUAGAGAGCUGACCAAAGGGCCGCACAGCUUCUUUGUUUUUUUCCUCUCCUCCCAUAUCAGCCUGGGAGUUGACACAGUUUCUGCAUUAAUCUUGAGGAUCUAUUUGUAAAGAGAAAUGUGUAUGGACUAAAGAUCUUUUUUUUUUUUUUUUUUUUUUUUUUUUCCACUGAUUUUAUUUAUAAGAAAUUGUUCUUCGAACUGUUUAAUGCAGCAAAAGUCUCUUAAUUCCCCAGGAUAUAUACAUAUAUAAAUAUAUAGACAUAUAAAUAUCUAUAUAGAUAGAUUUAAUGCACUGUGGGUUAAUCGUGAUAAGUGGUUGGAAUUCCUCUGGAUGUAAUUCUCGGUUUAAUAAUUAAGAUUGCCUUUAGUAUGUUGCUGGUGGAGUGGGAGUUUUAUGUGUAGCUGUAUUCUAAUCAUUACGCGAACAUUCUCAAACUUCAGUGUUUUUCCUGUAGUACUGCUGUUUGCAUUAAAGGUGUGUGUGCCCUGUGUUAGGGUCUCACAAGUGUAAUUUCCACAUUUCAUCUCCUCUCCAUCUUAUUCACCUGCCCCCCUUCUCCUCCCCUCAUCCGUGGAUGUACUUCAUCUCUUCCACAUUCCAGCCGUAAGAAUCCUGCAUGGGUUUUAGUGUUUUGUUGCUGUUGGAACAUGAACCUGAAGCGCAGGCUGGUUUCAGAAGAUUAUGAUCCAGAUCAAGAAUCAAGAUUUGAUGCAAAUAA